AUGGUGCCUCGCCUUCCCUCCUCCGGCCGAUGAUCUGCCACCCCGGCAGAAGCCGCUACUGCUGCCGGGAAGCCGGGUUGAGUGGUGGCAUGUGCCUGGCUCGGUCGCCGUUUGCUGCAGUGAGGUGGCGGCGAGAUGCGGUCCCAGCCGAGCAGCCGGCUGCCCCCGGCAGAGGAGCGAUGCCUCCUUCCACUCCCAGCGGUAAUUUGGGGCGGGUUCCCCUGCCGCUCCCAGGAAACAGCGGGCCGGCAAGGGCAGGCAGCGCCAGUGACGUUGCCGGCAUCAGCGUGGUGAGAUGGCCCAGCAGCUCAUCUGGUAGGGCGAUAGCGGUGCCUCCGGGCGGCUGCACUGGGACCCAGGCUGGGGGCAUGGCAGGGGGGUGUGAGCUCGCGUGUCCUUCCCCCGGCAGGAUCAUGCGCCCGGAUGAUGCCAACGUUGCGGGGAACGUCCACGGGGGAACCAUCCUGAAGAUGAUCGAGGAGGCUGGAGCCAUCAUCAGCACCCGCCACUGCAACUCCCAGGCCGGGGAGCCCUGUGUGGCUGCGCUGGCGCGGGUGGAGCGGACGGACUUCCUCUCCCCGGUGUGCAUUGGCGAGGUGGCCAACGUCAGUGCCGAGAUCACCUACACCUCCCGGCACUCCGUGGAGGUCCAGGUCAACGUCAUGUCUGAAAACAUUUUAACAGGGGCGAAGAAGGUGACGAACAAGGCGACGCUGUGGUAUGUGCCGCUGUCCCUGAAGAAUGUGAACAAGGUCCUUGAGGUUCCUCCCAUCCAGUACACAAGAAAGGAGCAGGAGGAUGAGGGGAAGAAGCGUUACGAGGAGCAAAAGCUGGAUCGGCUGGAAACUAAGCAGAGAAACGGCGACUUGAUCUUCCCUGUCAUCAACCCAGAGCCGCACACCGUUGGCUACAGCCAGUCCAGCCUGAUCCACCUGGUGGGACCGUCAGACUGCACGCUGCUGGGCUUCGUGCACGGAGGUGUCACCAUGAAGCUCAUGGAUGAGUGUGCGGGGAUGUGGGCCGCCCGCCACUGCAAGACAAACAUUGUCACCGCCUCAGUGGACGCCAUCAACUUCCACGAGAAGAUCAAAAAAGGCAGCGUCAUCACCAUUUCGGGGCGCAUGACCUUCACGAGCAAUAAAUCCAUGGAAAUCGAAGUCUUUGUGGAUGCCGACCCAUUCGUGGACGAGCCUCGGGAGCGGUACCGUGCUGUCAGCGCCUUCUUCACCUACGUCUCCCUGAGCAAGGAGGGGAAGCCCCUGCCUGUCCCGCAGCUGCUGACGGAGACGGAGGAUGAGAAGCGGCGCUUUGAGGAAGGGAAGGGCAGGUACCUCCAGACGAAAGCCAAGCGUCAGGCGCAGAUGCAGCAGGCUGCCCAGCAGUGAUCCCGCCCCACGCUCUCGCAGCCUUCGCCUGCCAAACGUCCAGGUUCCCGUUAGUGUUGUGUCCGGUCCGCGCCGGGCCUCGCCCCUUCGCCCGCCCCAGCCUGCCGCCGGAGCUGCUGCGGCGGCGUGGUUGCUUCGCUGCUGAUUGGUUUAGCGCCGUAGACCUUGUGCUUUAGGUGGCUUAAGUGCCCCGAAAGCCUCCGGGAGCCUUCCCGGUCACACGCCAUUCGCCUCUGGAGCCCUGUUUUCACCGUUCAAUCCCGUAAGCGAAGCUCCCGCCCGUGCCGGAGCAGGGCAGAGGUGCGUGGCGGCACGAGGGACGCACGAGGCCACGAGUCUUUGUGAUGCUGUGUUAAACUUGCCAGUAUGUCCUAAAACUGCACACCAAAGCUUACGUACGAUACUCGCGAUGAGAAACGCGCCCCGGUAUCGUACUGAAUGUCUCAAGACUGUUUCGUUGACAUCUCUAGGUAGUUUCUCUGUGCACAUCUGAGUUAUUUAAGGAAUCCUGUGGCAUAAAUAAAGUCUGUUGUUGUUGACUGAACUAAAACGGGUGUCGCUUUUUUU